AUGGUUAGAAUGAAACAAACCGCAAAGAAGACACUAUCUCAGUCUUAUGGGAAACUGAAAAAGCUGUCUGCGAAAAGGCGGCUUCGUUUGAGUGGUAAGGUGAAACAAGAGGAAGUUUCGAAAAUCAAACAUCGCCGCUACAAAAUAGGGGCUCGAUCGUUACAGGAGAUUAGGUGGUUACAGCAAACAACCAAUCUGCUUAUUCCUAGAAGCAGUUUUCAGCGUGUUGUAAGGGAAGUGGUACAAAAUUUCACAGGGGACAAGGUUAAACUUCGGCUCCAAUCUUCAGCACUUUUGACACUACAAGAAGCAGCUGAGGUCUACAUGACUUGUUUAUUUGAAGACGCUAAUUUGGCGGCAAUUCACGCUAAACGUGUAACCAUCUUUCCGAGGGAUAUCCAGUUUGUGCACCGGAUUUGA